UCAGUGUAUUGGCCACGUCACGUAAAGUUGACCUUGUUGCCCGAGAGGGAGGACAAAAGAGGAAGGCUUGGUGAUUCCUGGCAAUGUCUGUUAUUUGGAGAAAAGGCUUCGGCAGCAAACUCCAGAAAAAAACUUCCCAAACCCUUGGACAGCUGAGGUUCUGAUGUGAAGUUCUGGAUGGAAAGCGUGCUGAAGUCUGGUUGAACUAGCAAGCUUUUGUUUGGAGGUCCACCGCCGAAGGCGCACAGGCCUGUGGGAACACGACCGUUGAGACCGGGGGGGUCUAGAUGAUCCAAGAGGCAGGCAGAGUGUGAGGUAUCGGGGACACACCUGCGGAGUCCUAAGAAGGGGACCGACCGUGACAUGGAGGAGGUCUGGACCUAGGCACUGGGCAGUCACUCCGAGGGGAGCUCGGACCUCAGGCACAUGCGAAUGACCCGGAGUGUGGACAACGUCCAGUUCCUGCCCUUUCUCACCACGGAAGUCAACAACCUGGGCUGGCUGAGUUAUGGGGCAUUGAAGGGAGACGGGAUCCUCAUCGUCGUCAACACAGUGGGUGCUGCGCUUCAGACCCUGUAUAUCUUGGCAUAUCUGCAUUACUGCCCUCGGAAGCGUGUUGUGCUCCUACAGACUGCAACCCUGCUAGGGGUCCUUCUCCUGGGUUAUGGCUACUUUUGGCUCCUGGUACCCAACCCUGAGGCCCGGCUUCAGCAGCUGGGCCUCUUCUGCAGUGUCUUCACCAUCAGCAUGUACCUCUCACCAUUGGCUGACUUGGCUAAGGUCAUUCAGACUAAAUCAACCCAAUGUCUCUCCUACCCACUCACCAUUGCUACCGUUCUCACCUCUGCCUCCUGGUGCCUCUAUGGGUUUCGACUCAGAGAUCCCUACAUCAUGGUGUCCAACUUUCCAGGAAUCGUCACCAGCUUUAUCCGCUUCUGGCUUUUCUGGAAGUACCCCCAGGAGCAAGACAGGAACUAUUGGUUCCUGCAAACCUGAGGCUGCUCACCUGACCACUGGGCACCUUAGUGCCAACCUGAACCAAAGAGACCUCCUUGUUUCAGCUGGGCCUCCUGUCCAGCUUCCCAGGUGCAGUGGGUUGUGGGAACAAGAGAUGACUUUGAGGAUAAAGGGACCAAAGAAAGAGCUUUACUUAGAUGAUUGGUUGGGGCCUAAGAGAUGAAAUCACUUUAUUUUUUAGAGAUUUUUUUUUUUUUUAAAUUUUGGAGGUUGGGGUGCUAUAUUUAGAAUAUGCCUUAAAAGGCCGGGCGUGGUGGCUCACGCCUGUAAUCCCAGCACUUUGGGAGGCCAAGGUGGGCGGAUCACCUGAGGUCAGGAGUUCAAGACCAACCUGACCAACAUGGUGAAACCCCAUCUCUACUAAAAAUACAAAAUUAACUGGGCAUGGUGGCACAUGCCUGUAAUCCCAGCUACUUAGGAGGCUGAGGCAGGAGAAUGGCUUGAAUCAGGGAGGUGGAGGUUGCAGUGAGCCAAGAUCGUGCCAUUCUGAUAUGAAUGUGCCUUAUAUGCCGAUAUGAAUAUGCCUUAAAAUAAAAGUGUUCCCCACCCCUGCCCA